AGGUUUCAAACUCCGCACCAGCCAUUCAGAGAGCAGUGAUGCCAGGGGCCCGCCUUGGGUUGCUGGUCUGCGUCCUGGCCCUGCGCUGUGUGGUCAGAGCCUAUCCCAACGCCUCCCCACUGCUCGGCUCCAGCUGGGGUGGCCUGACCCACCUGUACACGGCCUCAGCCAGGAACAGCUACCACCUGCAGAUCCACAAGGACGGCCAUGUGGACGGCACACCCCAUCAGACCAUCUACAGUGCCCUGAUGAUCAGAUCAGAGGACGCUGGCUUUGUGGUGAUAACUGGAGUGAUGAGUAGGAGAUACCUCUGCAUGGACUUUAGAGGCAACAUUUUUGGAUCCAACAUAGGUGUUUAUAGCUUGAAGAUUCCAUUUGCAGAAUAUCUUGAUGACUUGUUUUCACUGACCCUGGGCCGAGCCAAGAGGGCCUUCCUGCCGGACAACCCGCCGCCCUACUCGCAGUUCCUGUCGCGAGAGAACGAGAUCCCGCUCUUCCACUUCAACACGCCCGCGCCGCGCCGGCACACGCGCAGCGCCGAGGAGAACUCGGCGGCCGACCCGCUGGUCGUGCUGAAGCCCGUGCCGCGCCUGACGCCCCCGCCCGCCUCCUGCUCCCGGGAGCUGAGCAGCGCCGAGGACAACAGCGUGGCGGCCCACGACCCGCUCGGGGUGCUGCGGAGCAGCAACAGGGUGAACUCGCACGCGCCGCCCCCAGGUCCACCUAGGACCCGCCAAGGAAUGCUUCUCGUACCUUUCAGAAACGCACGCAGCCUUUAA